AUGGCGCCCACCAACAACCACCCGAAGCAAAUCCCGCUCCUCUACCGGGCCUUCUUCACCUUCCUGGAGCCCAUCUUCGCCCUCAACGGCGCCUACCUCUACGUGGCAUCCCCGACCGAAACACUGCAGAUCAUCACCCCGCCGGGCCUGCAUGCCCAGACGCUGCGCCAAACCCCCAUCGAGACGAUGCUCCUGUGGCAGGUCGCCUCCAUGUACGUCCUCUUCGCCCUCAUCGAGCUCGUCGUCCUGCGCUACGUCGGCCCCCAGCGCCGCGACAUCUGGCGCCUCGUGCUCGCCGCCAUCAUCGUCUCGUCCGACGCCGGCCAUCUCUGGGCCCUGAAGCUGGCUGCCGACGCCGCCGGCCAGCCCGACGCCUUUUACGAUCCCCGCGCCUGGACGAGGUGGCAGGAUUGGGGGAACCAGGGCCUGACCUGGUUUGGCUUCGGCUUGAGGCUCGCCUUUGUCGCCGGCGUCGGCCUUUGA